CGGGAACAGCCAGGGACAGGACAGGGAGCAGCGGGGGCAGCUUGGAGCGCCGGUGCAGGGCAGCUGUGGCCGUACGUGACCCCUCCGGAAAGAAAAGCGGGAUUCUCCAUGGUGAAGAUGGUCAGACAUAGAGAAAUUAUUGCAGUAAUUGUGCAACAGCUUGACAAGUUUAACCCUGAAAAUCAGAACGUGGAGGAUUUCUUGAAUGAAUCAGCUGUGAUGUUGCAGACUCUUAAGAUGACAGAAGAAAAAUUUGUAUUGGAUACACUAGCAGGAUGCACAGAAUAUAAAUCCUUAUUGGAUGUUGUAGUCAAUGCCUUUUAUGCUGAGGAUGGGAGAUACUGCCUGAUUCCUGAGCGUAAUCUCUACAUAGUUAUCUGUUAUCUGGCUACUUUUCAACUAGAAGAGCUUGGUCUUCAGCACUUCAGCAGAAUUGUGAAGUCCUUGGACACUGCAAAAAUGCAAAAGUUUCUUAGAUUCUUCUUCAAUAAAUUGCAUUUGAACACAUGGAUAAAAGAUGAAUGGAGUCACUUCUACGAUUCACUGUAUGUAAAAGAGAAUUUGAUUGAUCCACUGCUAAGAUGGCAGCCAAAAGUCCAGCAACUGAUUGAACAACUCACAAAUAAAUUAAAUAAUUGUGCUACCACUGUCAAGACUUCUAAAGUCACUCAGCCAAAGGAAUUUAAUUUGACUGUACCCAAACCACGUGCCAUUCCUCUACCUCUGCCAACACAUCUGCCAGUACUGGAAAAAAGACGACCUGUUCCUCCAAGCACCUACAAACCUCCAAAGGAAAUAAAGCAACUAGAGGAAAUCAAAGAAAAAAAUUUCCAAAAAGCAAGCGAUCUGCUCCUGAAAGCAAAUACUGACCAGUUCAGGUGUGCAACCAUGAAGCCUGAAAAGAGAGAGAGCACACAUGACAGUAUGAAGAGUAAACCAUCAUUCCGGGCUCAGAAGAUCCAAAGUAAGAUUGACAAUAUACCCAUUAAAUUAAACACUGCAGCUAUUUUGAGGGAGGGUGCCCUCUAUCAGAGGAAAAUGGAAGACGAGCUCAAGAGAAUUGAAAAUUUGGAACAAGGGUUUGGAGACCCAUCUGAAUUCUUGGAAUGGCAAAAACAGAUGCGUGGAAAAGAUUUGGAAGAACAGCUGGCUGAAAUAGAGUGUAGGAGGCUUCAAGGGAAACUGAGUCAUGAAGAGGCAGUUCUAGCCCGUCAGAAUGUAAUUCAAGAAAACAAGAAAAAAGCUGAUCUGUUGAGGGAAGAGAAAGCGGAGCUGAUGCACCAGCAUGCAGAGAAACGUCUACAGGAACAGAAAGAAAUGAAAGAGCUGGCGGAGCAGGUCAUGGAAGGACACAAGAAUGUAAAGCAAGUAAAAACAAAGCUCCAGGAAUACAAACAGCAGAUAGCUCAGCAAGUUUCUGAAGAAAGUGGAGAACUUCUUCGGCAAGCUUUAAAAGAAGAGGAGGAGAAGGCUAAGAAAAGAUAUGAACUAAUUCAAGAAAUACGAGCUCUUGAGUCUAUACCUGGCAUCAGACACAAGUUUGUUGACUUAACAGAGACUGGUGGCCAUGGUUUAUUUUGUGAAAUGUCAAUAGUGGAACUACGUGAACGCCUCGCUCUACUCAAAGAAGCACAGAAGGCAGCAGAGGAAGAGAAGAGAGACCAGAUAAUUCAUGAAAAACAAGCUAAGGAACAACUUAUUCUAGAAAAACUGGAUCAGAUUUCCCAAUUCAGAGCAGAACUUGGACGAGCAGCUGCUUUAAAGCAAGAAGAAAAGAAAAGAAAGUCCCAGUCUGGUGAAAGGCUCAUGAAAGAUGAACGCAUUUUAAACCUGCAGAGGAAGAUUGUAGAAAAAAAAACGGAGCGUAAAAAGCAAGCAGGACUCUUAAAGAUUAUCCCCCAGAAAACCAGCAUCAUGCCAAGCAAGGAUUCUUCGCAAGAGAACCGUUGGAGAGAACUGGAAGAGAUUCACGAAAGACAGUUCAAACUCCUUCAACAUGGCUUCAUGGCCAGAGAAGCAGCUCAGAAAAGGGCUGCCUGUGUGGCUGCAAGAAUUGGAACCACAACCUACAUACUGCGCUCUGAUAUACAGUAAAAUACACUUGGAACCAAUUCAGGCCUGCUGGAAAUCUCCCAAUGUACCUGUGUACUACAAGGAAGUCUAAUGGAAUUCUUUUGUUGCCAUCUAGCUGUGAAGAUCAUUUCCACAACCCUCAAGUUGAUAAAAUAUGUUGUAUUUUUCACUCGAAGUAAAUGCUAUAGUAGUCCACAGAAGCAAUGCAAGUAGGGCUCGUGCUCCAUAAAAAGAGUUAAGGAACACAGCUGAGUGAAAAGAAAGAAUCAUAGAAACAGAACUACAGAGAAAAGGGAACUAUGACACCAUGCCAAGUAAGGGAUUGUAAUAUCUUUAAAUGACAAACCUUUGGUGGCAGGGAGUUUGUCUUCCCUUGUGGUUGUUCAGCAUUCUUUUGCACUGUAUUCCAGAGCAACAAAGCUAAGUGGUGACUCUAACACCUUGAUUUUCCAGAAGCCAACAAUUAACAGCUGACAGUCACAGUCUAGGAUGUUGCAUAGCUGAAUAGUUCUUCUUAAACUUUUUCAACAGAAUUUAGAAAUGCAAGAAAAAAGCAUCAUUAAGCAGAUAGGGAAGUCAUGUGGAAAUUUCAAAACCCCAUCAUACUGCAGGCUUCUUCCCCUGUGAUUUUGGACCAAGUUUUCAAAAUUUUUACUGAAUUGCAAUCAAGCUGAUUCAUAACUAUUUCCUUCUCCAUAUUUUCCCUGCUCUCAAAUGAAAGGACUGAGGAAUAAAGGAAUC